AUGAAAUUCGUAUACAGUCUCGCAGCGCUGGCUCCACUGCUAGACUUCACAAGCGCUGGUAAAAUUCGCUUUGGAUGUUCUCAGCUCGCCUACGGCGUGUUUGAUCCUCUGGUCUUCCCCGGGCAAACCACGGCUGGUCACCUGCAUCAGUUCAACGGAGGGAAUGGCUUGAAUUACACCCUUGAUCUGGCAGAUGUCUCCCCCGAAUCUUCCUGCACAACAUGUACAUUUGCCGAGAAUUUCUCUAACUACUGGACCGCGACGCUCUUCUUCAAGGCCCGCAAUGGAACAUACCACCGGGUCCAGCAGAUUCCCAACAGCGGAUUCGAACAAGGCACUGGUGGUGUGACAGUUUACUAUGCCUACCCAGAUGAUGGGCGGAAGGUCACUUCGUUCCCGGCUGGUUUCCGCAUGCUUGUCGGCAACCCCAGUGCCCGCUCGUCCAAGGAGAGGGCAAAGUCUGGCACAUUAACCUACUCCUGCUUGACAUCGCUUACAAGCAGGCCAACGGGCACAAGCUCGAUGCCAACUGAACCAUGCGCAGCCGGGAUCAUGGCGAACAUACGGUUCCCGCAGUGCUGGAAUGGUAAAGACCUCGACUCUGAGGAUCACAGGAGUCACGUGGCAUCUGCCGACGCCAAGGUCGAGAGUGGCGGCGUGUGCCCUUCAGACUUCCCGGUGCUGCUUCCGGAGAUCUACAUGGAAGUCGUCUGGGAUACUACGCCAUUCAAUGACCCGUCUAUCUGGCCGACCGAUGGAUCUCAGCCAUUCGUCUGGAGCCAAGGCGACCUUACCGGGUUCGGGGCUCAUGCAGAUUACAUUUUCGGCUGGGAAGGGGACAAAUUGCAGCAGGCCAUGGACGACAAGUGUAAAAAUAUGAAUUGUGCCGCACUGAAGACCCAGAGCAUCGCCGAUGGCAAAAGCUGUGCCAACACACUUUCCCCUGCGCCGGCGGCGCAGCUCGAUGAGUGGCUGGACACCCUGCCGAACAACAUCGUGGUCAAUUAG